UGUCCAUGGCGCACUGAACGGCAUGGUUUGAUGAAGAGAGACUGGGCAGAGACAUAAGGAGACACACACAGGGCUGCGGGCUACUCUCUCAGUGGAGGAGUGUACAGACAGGACAGUCUGUAGUGAAGUUAACAGUGUGUGUAUUUUUUUUCUUCAACGCAUUUGUUUACGAGUGGGGAGGUGGACUGACUGCGUGCAAAAGAGGUUUCUAGCGAGCACUGCAGCAGCAACUACCCUGAGGAAAAUAUUGUUUGUGUACGACUGCCGAGAGGGAGACAUUUACUGAGGGUCCCCAGACAGAGAGAAAGCUCCCGAUGUUUGCUGAGGCUUAAAAUCAAGAGAUGUGGCCCUGAUUUUUAAUUGUUGGGCGCAGCUUUCCAUUAAGCAAGAUGUCCACUACAACAGAAAAUGGAAUGGGAGGACCUUGGAACACAAGCAGAGAGAAAACAUACAAGAAGACCACAUCAUCGGCCUUGAAGGGUGCCAUUCAGCUUGGUAUUGGUUAUACAGUGGGCAACCUUACCUCUAAGCCUGACAGAGAUGUGCUUAUGCAAGACUUUUACGUGGUGGAGAGUGUCUUUCUACCAAGUGAGGGAAGUAACUUGACCCCAGCACAUCACUAUCCUGAUUUCCGCUUUAAGACCUACGCCCCACUGGCCUUCAGAUACUUCAGAGAUCUGUUCGGCAUCAAACCAGACGACUACCUGUACUCCCUGGUAAAUGAGCCUCUCAUUGAGCUGACCAACCCAGGGGCUAGCGGCUCCCUCUUCUACCUAACCAGCGAUGACGAGUUCAUCAUUAAAACCGUCCAGCACAAAGAGGCCAAGUUUCUCCAGAGAUUGCUACCUGGAUACUAUAUGAACCUGAACCAAAAUCCACGCACGCUGCUGCCCAAGUUCUACGGCCUCUACUGCAUCCAGUCUGGAGGUAUUAACAUCCGGCUGGUGGUGAUGAACAAUGUGCUGCCGCGCUCCCUCAAAAUGCACUACAAAUAUGACCUUAAAGGAUCCACCUACAAGAGACGAGCAUCCAGGAAAGAGAGAGAGAAGUCUACUCCGACUUACAAAGAUUUGGACUUCCAGGACAUGCACGAAGAAGGGCUUUACUUUGAUGCAGAGACGUACAACAAUCUGAUGAAGACCCUGCAGAGAGACUGUCGGGUGCUGGAGAGUUUUAAGAUCAUGGACUACAGCCUGCUGCUGGGCGUUCACGUCCUGGACCACAGCCAGAGAGAGGGGGGCGAGCCGGGCCAGGCAGGGGGGGACGGGAGGAGACCUGUGGGUCAGAGGGUGCUUUACUCCACCGCCAUGGAGUCCAUCCAAGGAGACGGCAAAGCAGCUGAAGCCCUCACCACAGAUGACACGAUGGGAGGCAUCCCUGCCAAAACACACAAAGAAGAAAAGCUGCUCAUCUUCCUGGGUAUCAUAGACAUUCUACAGUCAUACAGGUUUCAUUAAAAGUUGGAACACUCAUGGAAAGCCCUGGUGUAUGAUGGCGACUCUGUGUCGGUGCACAGGCCUGGGUUUUAUGCGAGUCGCUUCCUCAUCAUGAGCACACGGGUCUUCAGGAAGACUCAACCACUUCGAUUCUCCCCUUCAAAGAGGACUCGUACUUCCAUUCCAGCUCUGAAGUCUUCCUCACAGGAGAUCCUUUCACUGCAGACAGAUGAGAGGAACGAGGAGGAGGACAGGAGGGUCAGGCUGGGAGGGGCCUGCCGUCUGGCAAGUCUGGAUGGACAAGCUGUGUUUGGUUCGUACCUGCGUCCCGAUCUGGUCCCCGCCAACCGUCCUUCUACGGGGCUCUCCAUGGGAACAAUCUCCACCUCCUCCAUCUUUGUCAACGUGGACAACCAAACAGAGGAGAGAGAGGACGUUGCAUCCAGCUCCACGUUCACUCUGGAGGACAGCGCUAUCUGCCUCACUUCAGAGCAGAGCACAAUGGAUGUGGACAUAGACCAAGAUGACGGGUCUGUUCUGGAUGUUGUACUUGUGAAAAUGCAGUUUUACAGACCUUCAUGUCCUCCUGCCAACAUAAGACAAUCCUCUCACCCAUCCAUUCAAACAGACCAGGCUGUGCCUUUGACUCCACUUCCAGUGCUGCUAGAUCCAUGUUGCCACACAUAUUGCCACCAUACAAAUAUUGAGAUUCUCCUCCAGUUGAUGAUGGGCCAAAAGACGACACCUACAAAGUCACUGUGAUGGACAUCAACACGAGUCAUGACAUAACAUGCAAUGUGAUGAACAUCAAACUGAACUGAGUGCCGCUUUUUUUAGAACACAGUCAACGCAGUGCCAUUUAGUUUUAUAUAUGUAUACUGUUUUCAAUGCCUACAUGAAGACCUAAAGAUAUACAAUACUGUAUAAUGAGGAGUAGAUACAUUUCAGUAUCUUUUUUUUUGUGCUGACCAGAAAUAAUGAAGGACCCUUUGAAAAUGUCCCCUGCAGUAGUUGCUGAACCGAAGAGUUACGAUGACUCUAUUGUCCCUGGUGAACAGGGCUGUGAUGCUAACAUGUCAACAAUCCAGUUUGAAGCCACAGCAACAUGUAUGAGGAAGGACUCAUUUGAACAGACUUGAUGGAUCUUGUAACCCAUGAGUUCAACUACAAACUGUGACGUGGUUCAAGUAGCCACCUUCUCUCCUUCCAGGGCUGUUUUUUUUCUUGCUGCCCUGUGGCCUCGACGAUGAGCUGCUGUAAAAGGAACUGAGGAAAGAUGGUUACUGGAUCUUUGAAGAAGCAGAACGAGAGAGGCCGCACUCGCUCUUGAUAAAAAAGGCACUUUGAUAUCGGUUGUGAUGACUGUAGGAUUUAUUUUCCUCUGAAGGAGUUGCUUAGUUGGGUGAGCAACCUAGCAUAAGCACAGAUUUGGAUAUGUGAAUAUGCACUUUCUGUUUUCUCUUUUACUCUACAAGUGCACACCUCUGUGAGUCAUUGAUACUACGUGUACAGAGAGUGAAGGAUCAUUGAUAGAUCAUUUUUGAUGUGGAGCUUCUAGUUUUGUGAGGUUUGCGUCAUGACUGAAAUGCUUUUACUCAGGAUAUCCUUUGAUACUGAACAAGUGUGUCCUCUUCCAGAAGUUAUGAGACAUGCAUCCUACACUAAGAAGCUGUUCGAUACCUCUUCAUCAAACCAUUUCCAACCUUAAAUGUUCAAAUCCAUGAUCAUAUGUUGGUUCAGACCAUAAUUUAUUGUGUAACUCAAUAUUUUACCAUCUGCUGAAGAAUACCUUAAUCGCUGAAUGUAAGGACAAUGCAUAUUUAUAUAUAGAAGAGACUCCUAUAAAUAAACUGCUAAAUUUCAA